UAUUUUGCCUCCUUCUCUUUCUUUCUCUACCUAUCUAUUUCUAUUCUACUCUCUCUUUUCCAUUCUUGUCCUAUGCUUCUGACGCAGCUCUACCAACAAAACUCAACUCUUUCGCUACUUCCUUCUGCUCCCAACUCAUUCUUCACGCGCCCCUCAACGUAUUCCUCUCUCUACUCGCUCACCUUUCGCUUCCACAACCAUGUCUCAGACCAACUGGGAAGCUGACAAGAUGUUAGAUGUUUACAUCCAUGAUUAUCUUGUUAAGAGGGACUUGAAGGCUUCUGCUCAGGCCUUUCAAGCUGAAGGAAAAGUAUCCUCGGACCCUGUUGCUAUUGAUGCCCCGGGAGGUUUUCUGUUCGAGUGGUGGUCGGUUUUCUGGGAUAUAUUUAUUGCAAGGACGAAUGAGAAGCACUCAGAGGUUGCUGCUUCGUAUAUUGAGACACAAUUAAUAAAGGCAAGGGAGCAACAACAGCAGCAGAACCAGCAGCAGCCACAACCCCAGCAGUCACAGCAUCAACAACAGCAGCAGCAACAACACAUGCAGAUGCAACAGCUCCUGUUGCAGAGAGCACAGCAACAGCAGCAGCAACAACAACAACAACAGCAGCAGCAGCAGCAGCAACAACAACAACAGCAGCAGCAGCAGCAACAACAACAACAACAACAGCCACAAUCGCAGCAACAACAGUCACAACCGCAACAACAGCAAAGUAGGGAUAGGGCUCAUCUUUUAAAUGGUAGUGCAAAUGGGUUAGUCGGAAACCCUGGAACUGCAAAUGCACUAGCAACAAAAAUGUAUGAGGAAAGAUUAAAACUUCCCCUUCAAAGGGACCCUUUGGAUGAUGCAGCAAUGAAGCAAAGAUUUGGUGAAAACAUGGGCCAACUCUUGGACCCAAAUCAUGCAUCGAUAUUAAAGUCAGCUGCAACUCCUGGCCAGCCUUCAGGGCAAGUUUUGCAUGGUGCUGCUGGUGGGAUGUCUCCACAAGUUCAAGCACGUACUCAACAAUUACCAGGGUCUACUCUGGAUAUUAAGGGUGAGAUUAGUCCUGUUUUAAAUCCCAGAGCUGCUGGUCCUGAAGGAUCAUUGAUGGGAAUGCCUGGAUCAAAUCAAGGUAGCAAUAAUUUGACUUUGAAAGGGUGGCCUCUCACAGGUUUGGAGCAACUGCGCUCUGGUCUACUCCAGCAACAAAAACCUUUCAUGCAGGCUCCUCAACCUUUUCAUCAACUCCAAAUGUUGACACCACAGCAUCAGCAACAGCUUAUGCUGGCGCAACAAAAUCUGGCAUCACCAUCUGCCAGUGAAGAAAGUAGAAGAUUGAGAAUGCUAUUGAAUAAUAGGAAUAUUGGUCUAAAUAAGGACAGUCUUUCAAAUCCUGUUGGUGACGUGGUAUCAAAUGUCGGAUCCCCUCUUCAAGGUGGUGGCCCUCCUUUUCCUCGUGGAGAUACAGAUAUGCUAAUGAAGUUGAAGCUGGCUCAGUUACAGCAACAGCAACAACAGUCAAGUACUAAUGCACAGCAGCAGCAGCUUCAACAACAUGUCCUUUCAAACCAGCAAUCUCAGACUUCUAAUCAUAGCAUGCAUCAGCAAGAUAAAGUAGGGGGAGGUGGUGGCAGUGUCACUGUGGAUGGUAGCAUGUCAAACUCAUUUAGAGGAAAUGACCAGGUUUCAAAAAACCAGAUUGUGAGAAAGAGAAAGCAGCCUGGAUCCUCAUCAGGUCCUGCCAAUAGUUCAGGAACGGCAAAUACAACAGGUCCAUCACCAAGUUCAGCACCCUCAACUCCGUCGACUCAUACGCCUGGAGAUGUGAUAUCAAUGCCUGCCUUGCCGCAUAGUGGUAGUUCUUCAAAGCCUCUAAUGAUGUUUAGCACAGAUGGUACUGGAACCCUUACGUCACCUUCUAACCAGUUGUGGGAUGAUAAGGAUCUUGAAUUGCAGGCUGAUGUGGAUCGCUUUGUGGAGGAUGGAUCUCUAGAUGAAAAUGUCGAGUCUUUUUUGUCCCAUGAUGACACAGACCCUAGAGAUACUGUUGGCCGUUGUAUGGAUGUAAGCAAAGGCUUCACAUUUUCUGAUGUAAAUUCUGUACGGGCAAGCACAAGCAAAGUUGCCUGUUGCCAUUUCUCAUCUGAUGGGAAGUUACUAGCAAGUGGUGGCCAUGACAAAAGGGUUGUUUUAUGGUACACAGAUUCUCUAAAACAAAAGGCUACUCUUGAAGAGCAUUCAUCUUUGAUUACUGAUGUCCGUUUCAGUCCAAGCAUGCCUCGUCUUGCAACAUCUUCAUUCGACAAAACUGUCAGGGUUUGGGAUGUUGACAAUCCUGGUUAUUCACUUCGUACUUUCACGGGACAUUCAACAUCUGUUAUGUCACUAGAUUUUCAUCCAAAUAAAGAUGACCUCAUCUGCUCUUGUGAUGGUGAUGGUGAGAUACGGUAUUGGAGCAUAAACAAUGGCAGUUGUGCUAGAGUGUCCAAGGGUGGCACCACACAGAUGAGAUUUCAGCCUCGUCUCGGGAGGUACCUUGCUGCAGCGGCAGAGAAUAUUGUGUCUAUAUUUGAUGUGGAGACACAAGCGUGUCGAUAUUCACUAAAGGGACACACAAAACCAGUGGAUUGUGUUUGUUGGGAUCCUUCUGGGGAGUUGCUGGCAUCUGUGAGUGAGGACUCUGUCAGGGUUUGGACUCUUGGAUCAGGGAGUGAAGGGGAAUGUGUUCAUGAACUUAGCUGUAAUGGCAAUAAGUUUCAUGCAUCUGUUUUCCACCCAACGUACCCUUCAUUGCUGGUCAUUGGCUGUUACCAGUCAUUGGAGCUGUGGAAUAUGAGCGAGAACAAGACAAUGACUCUGUCUGCUCAUGAUGGUCUCAUUACUUCCUUGGCGGUUUCAACUGUAAAUGGUUUGGUUGCUUCAGCCAGUCAUGACAAGUUCCUCAAGCUCUGGAAGUGAGUGUGGCUCUUCCAAGUUACCAUAAAUAUAAUGGCAAUACAUUAGGUCUUUUUGUCAAUGUUGUUCACAUGUUUGUAGUUUAUUUCCCUUUUUUUUGCUUCUUGAUCGAAUUUGAUUUUCUACGUAUCUUUAGCUUACUAACCUAUGUUAUGUAAUGUAACAUUGCCUUCCUGCUGUCACAUCUUCCAUUUAAAUAUUUACUUGGAUAUUGUUUAUGUUUUUGUAUCGUGGCCUGGGCUGCUUUUUCAUA